GGGCCCAGUAUGCGCGGGGGGCCCCGCGGCCACCAUGUACGUGGGCUAUGUGCUGGACAAGGACUCUCCCGUGUAUCCCGGUCCCGCCAGGCCCCCGAGUCUCGGCCUGGGUCCGCAAGCCUAUGGCCCCCCGGGCCCGCCCCCCGCGCCCCCGCAGUACCCCGACUUCGCCAGCUACACUCACGUGGAGCCGACCCCCGCGCCCCCGACGGCCUGGGGCGCUCCAUUCGCUGCGCCCAAGGACGACUGGGCCGUAGCCUACGGCCCCGGGCCCGCGGCCCCCGCCGCCAGCCCAGCCCCGCUGGCAUUCGGACCCCCUCCGGACUUUAGCACGGUACCCGCGCCCCCCGGGCCCGGCCCGGGCCUCCUGGCUCAGCCCAUCGGCGGCCCGGGCGCCCCGUCCUCGCCAGGAGCGCAGAGGCGGACCCCCUACGAGUGGAUGCGGCGCAGCGUGGCGGCUGGAGGCAGUGGUGGCAGCGGCAAGACCCGGACCAAGGACAAGUACCGCGUGGUCUACACGGACCACCAGCGCCUGGAGCUGGAGAAGGAGUUCCAUUACAGCCGCUACAUCACCAUCCGGCGGAAGUCAGAGCUGGCCGCCAAUCUGGGGCUCACCGAAAGGCAGGUGAAGAUCUGGUUCCAAAACCGGAGGGCGAAGGAGCGCAAAGUCAACAAGAAGCAGCAGCAGCAGCAGCAGCAGCCGCCGCCGCCGCCCCAGCUGCCGCCGGCCCUGGACGGCACCUCUGCCCCCGCAGGACCGCCCCUGGGCGGCCUGUGCCCCAGCAGUGCUGGCCUCCUCGCUGCCUCCUCCCCGAUGCCUGUCAAGGAGGAGUUUCUGCCCUAGCCCUGCCAGGCUUGUGGCCUGGGGCCUGGGCACUCAGGUGCUAGGGAUGGGGCUUCUGUGGGGCCCAAGAGGUCCUACGAGUCCCAGCCCCACUGCUGAUCUUUGGGUCACCGUGGACAAGUCACCCACCCGCUCCCUGCAUCCUUGGCCCGAGUGUGCCAUGAGCUCGUGGCCUGCUGGCUAAGCACCCUCCAGUCCCCGCUUUCUAGACCUCAGGGGAGUCGGGGCCCAGUGCUGGAGGUCUCAGGCUCCUCGAGACAUCUCAGGCCCCAGAGCGCUGGGGGACAGAGCAAGACAAGGCCCUGCCUCCUCCUCGUGGUCUUAAGGAGUGAGGUGGGAGGCCACCGUAGGGACCAGACUGACCUGGAGAAGAGUCUCUUACCCAGAGAAGGUGGCAGGUUUGCAGAGCAGGACGUGAGAGGCAGGCUGUGUGGUUCACCAACACUCACCUCUCCUGCUCAGCCUUACCUCGGCCUGCCUCACAGCAGUGUGCCCUGAGUCCUCCCCAGCCUGGAUGCUGACACAAAGCCCCUGGGCCUGGACCUGGUGGCCCUCCUUGUCCACUCACCAGCACUCUCAGGGAGGCCUGCAGAUAGAGGGACCCUGCAGGGGAGAAGGGGGCUGAGUGCACCCUGCAGAGUCCUACCACUCCACAAGGCUGUCUGUCCAUCAGGAUUCAGGCCCCAGGGAGCCGCCAGAGACUUUCUCUGGACCAAGCCAAGGUCACAGCUGGACAGAUGUUAUAUAGAGACUGGAAUCUUUUGGAUGCAGCUUCAAGAAUAAAUUUUUUUCCUCCUUAAAAAAAAACGUAUAGAAUCAUUAUACAUAGCAUUAAAGAAAAAACAAUUA